AUGAUCGAGUUUGGGAUUCUGGUGGCGUAUGUCGCCAUCAUAGUUAUGGCCAUGGUGCCGAUUUGGAUCGGUUCGCACCAGUCUCUUGAGCAGAAAAUGGUGGAGACGAUGAAGGCCAAGGACGCCUACAUGUUUCCCGUCGUGGGCAGCUGCGUGCUGUUCGGGCUCUACCUCUUGUUCAAGCUCUUCUCCAAGGAGUACAUCAACAUGCUCCUGACACUCUACUUCCUCGUGUUCGGCGUCAUGGCCGUCGGUGCCACCCUGCGGCCAUUCAUCGCCCCCUUCUUCUCCAAGUCGCUGCAAGAUGAGAAGCCCAAGACCUUCAGCCUCUUCUCGGUCGCCUUCGAGUGGACCGUGAUCGACAUCUUCGCCCUCGUGCUCGCCACCGGCAUCGGCGCCUGGUACGUUCUCACCAAGCACUGGAUCGCCAACAACAUCCUCGGGCUGGCCUUCUCCAUCCAGGGCAUUGCCCUUCUCUCCCUCGGCAGCUUCCAAACCGGCUGCAUUCUGCUCUCCGGUCUCUUCGUGUACGACAUCUUCUGGGUGUUCGGCACCGACGUGAUGGUGACCGUGGCCAAGUCCUUCGACGCGCCCGUCAAGCUCCUGUGGCCCAAGGACGUCUUUGCCGAGCAGCUCCACUUCAGUAUGCUCGGUCUGGGCGACAUCGUCAUUCCUGGCAUCUUCAUCGCUCUCAUGCUGAGGUUCGACGUGGUCCGCGCGAGGAAGCAGAAGGCGAAGAAGAACUUCCCCAAGCCCUACUUCAAUUUCACCUACGUCGGCUACUUCCUGGGCAUGGCCACCACCAUCGGCGUCAUGCACGUGUUCAAGGCCGCUCAGCCUGCCCUGCUCUACUUGGUGCCGUACUGCAUUGGCUCGUCGGUGCUCGCGGCCCUACUCCUCGGUGAGGUGAAGGAGCUCAUCUUCUUCUCCGAGGAGAAGUCGGAAGAGAAGAAGCAGAAGAAGACGGACUCGAACCCCGAGAAGAAGGCCAAGAAGGCCAAGAAGCAGCAGCCUAAGGAGGCCAACGCCCCCAAGAAGCAGCAGCCCAAGGAGGCCAACGGUGCCCAGAAGCCCAAGGCGAACGGCGAGAAGAAGAACAAGAAGGAGGCCAACAAGGCGCAGCCCAAGAGCAAGCAAACCACCAAGGCCAAGUAG